UAAUUUUUAAUUACAUUUUAAUGAAAUUACAGUCUUCAAUUGUGUUUGAUGAAGAUUUCUUUGGAAAAACUAACUUUUCUCUAAACUGUUAUUAUGUACAGGGACUAAUAGUAAAUGUCCCCCAACGGUGAAACCUCUGUAUAAAGUCAAGGCUUGAAUUGUUGUGAAGAGAACCAAAUUGGAUAAUUAAUAGAGUGAUAUUUUGCGAAGCGAACAUAUAUAAAGUGGCCUUGUUCGAUAAGUGAGAACGUCGUAAAUGCCUCUCAGUUCUGGAUUUUCCGACGGUCCUAAACGCGCCUCAUCACGUGACAGCAGCUGACAGCUCGAGGAGGAAGAGCAACAUGGCGGUGUGCAUAGCAGUGAUCGCAAAAGAGAACUACCCUCUGUACAUCCGGAGUGUGCCCACCCAGAAUGAGCUGAAGUUUCACUACACGGUGCACACGUCGCUGGAUGUGGUGGAGGAGAAGAUCUCCGCUGUGGGGAAGUCUAUAGGAGACCAGAGGGAGCUGUACCUGGGCCUGCUCUACCCCACCGAGGACUACAAAGUAUAUGGCUAUGUAACCAACUCCAAGGUGAAGUUUGUAAUUGUUGUGGACUCCUCUAAUACAUCAUUACGAGACAAUGAAAUCAGAAGUAUGUUCAGGAAACUGCAUAAUUCUUUCACUGAUGUGAUGUGCAAUCCAUUCCACAAUCCUGGGGAUCCCAUUCAGUCCAAGGCCUUUGAUGGGAUCGUUUCUGGGAUGAUGGUACAAAGCAGUUGAAGUCCUCUGCCUCCUCUUCACUGCGCCUUCAUUGUGUAUAUAUGCCUUGUUUACAAGUUGCUUUGAUUUUGAAUCUGUAAUAAACGUAACUGGACAGUGAA